AAAAAGAACAGAAGAGAGACCUCACUGUUGCUGAAAGGGGAAUUUUCUUUCCCCGUUGGCGGUUACUUCAUGAUUGGACGAGAAGUAUCUAGGUGACUGAAGAGAUUCCAUUUUUAUGGUUAUACACAUGAAGCUGAUAAAAGAAGAUGUGAACGUGAUUUCUCUUUGUCAUAAUAGGCUGAUGAGUAAGUAAGCCUGAAAAAUACUUGAAAUGAAGGCAGAAUUCUGAAUUUUUAAAAACCAACUAAGACUUUGAUCACUUGUUGAGGAUGUUUCUCUCUCAUAAAUGGAAGAAAAACGUAUUCACAAGACAAGAAGUAUAAAAAGUUGAGAGGAAUGACAACUGAGUCCACUCACUCGAAGAAUGUCAGUACUUUAUCAUCUUCUUUGGGCAAACAUACACAAAGGCAUCAUUCAUGUGUGGUGAGCGUAUCACCAGUGAUAGUUUUCUGUGCUAGAAAUGACUCUUAAUUUGAAUUUUGGAGUGCUUUUUCUCUUUUUUUACAAUGUGUGUUCCAACUCUUUGUGUUAAAUAGAUUUAAGUAAAGGAGGUAAAUGCUAAAUUCAUAGUGUUUUUUAACUGAAUCACUUCCCUGUGUAUUAUGGAAAAAUUAGAGAUUUUAACGUUCUUCGAAGUUUUACUGGAAGCAAAACUGCCAGGGACAGAGAUACACAAUUUAAGUUUUCUCUUUUUGGCAACUGCACUUGCUUAGAAUGUACUGAAUGUCAGCUGGAUUUCACAGCAUAUCAGAUUUACAGUCUUUGUCUUAUCAAGGCCUUUACUGUAUGUUUUAUACUAACCAGAUGGGAAACACAUUGAGCAUCAUAUCUGACAUGUAUGCCUAAGGGAGGAGCUCCCCCAUGGAUCAUGGCGUUAAUGUUUACAGGACAUUUACUAUUCUUAGCAUUAUUGAUGUUUGCUUUCUCUACUUUUGAGGAAUCUGUGAGCAAUUACUCUGAAUGGGCAGUUUUCACAGAUGAUAUAGAUCAGUUUAAAACACAGAAAGUGCAAGAUUUCAGACCCAACCAAAAGCUGAAGAAAAGUAUGCUUCAUCCAAGUUUAUAUUUUGAUGCUGGAGAAAUCCAAGCAAUGAGACAAAAGUCUCGCACAAGCCAUUUGCAUCUUUUUAGAGCUAUCAGAAGUGCAGUGACAGUUAUGCUGUCCAACCCAACAUACUACCUACCUCCACCAAAGCAUGCUGAUUUUGCUGCCAAGUGGAAUGAAAUUUAUGGUAACAAUCUGCCUCCUUUAGCAUUGUACUGUUUGUUAUGCCCAGAAGACAAAGUUGCCUUUGAAUUUGUCUUGGAAUAUAUGGACAGGAUGGUUGGCUACAAAGACUGGCUAGUUGAGAAUGCACCAGGAGAUGAGGUUCCAAUUGGCCAUUCCUUAACAGGUUUUGCCACUGCCUUUGACUUUUUAUGUAACUUAUUAGAUAAUCAUCGAAGACAAAAAUACCUGGAAAAAAUAUGGGUUAUUACUGAGGAAAUGUAUGAGUAUUCCAAGGUCCGCUCAUGGGGCAAACAGCUUCUCCAUAACCACCAAGCCACUAAUAUGAUAGCAUUACUCACAGGGGCCUUGGUGACUGGAGUAGAUAAAGGAUCUAAAGCAAAUAUAUGGAAACAGGCUGUAGUGGAUGUCAUGGAAAAGACAAUGUUUCUAUUGAAUCAUAUUGUUGAUGGUUCUUUGGAUGAAGGUGUGGCCUAUGGAAGCUACACAGCUAAAUCCAUCACACAGUAUGUUUUUCUGGCCCAGCGCCAUUUUAAUAUCAACAACUUGGAUAAUAACUGGUUAAAGAUGCACUUUUGGUUCUAUUAUGCCACCCUUUUACCUGGCUUCCAAAGAACUGUGGGUAUAGCAGAUUCCAAUUAUAAUUGGUUUUAUGGUCCAGAGAGCCAGCUAGUUUUCUUAGAUAAGUUCAUCUUAAAGAAUGGGGCUGGAAAUUGGUUAGCUCAGCAAAUUAGAAAGCACCGACCUAAAGAUGGACCGAUGGUUCCUUCAACUGCCCAAAGGUGGAGUACUCUUCACACUGAAUACAUCUGGUAUGAUCCCCAGCUCACACCACAGCCUCCUGCUGAUUAUGGUACUGCAAAAAUACACACAUUCCCUAACUGGGGUGUGGUUACUUAUGGGGCUGGGUUGCCAAACACACAGACCAAUACCUUUGUGUCUUUUAAAUCUGGGAAGCUGGGGGGACGAGCUGUGUAUGACAUAGUUCAUUUUCAGCCAUAUUCCUGGAUUGAUGGGUGGAGAAGUUUUAACCCAGGACAUGAGCAUCCAGAUCAGAACUCAUUUACUUUUGCCCCCAAUGGACAAGUAUUUGUUUCUGAAGCUCUCUAUGGACCCAAGUUGAGCCACCUUAACAAUGUAUUGGUGUUUGCUCCAUCACCCUCAAGCCAGUGUAAUAAGCCCUGGGAAGGUCAACUGGGAGAAUGUGCACAGUGGCUUAAGUGGACUGGCGAGGAGGUUGGUGAUGCAGCUGGGGAAAUCAUCACUGCCUCUCAACAUGGGGAAAUGAUAUUUGUGAGUGGGGAAGCCGUGUCUGCUUAUUCUUCAGCUAUGAGACUGAAAAGUGUAUAUCGUGCUUUGCUUCUCUUAAAUUCCCAAACUCUGCUAGUUGUUGAUCAUAUUGAGAGGCAAGAAGAUUCCCCAAUAAAUUCUGUCAGUGCCUUCUUUCAUAAUUUGGAUAUUGAUUUUAAAUAUAUCCCAUAUAAGUUUAUGAAUAGGUAUAAUGGUGCCAUGAUGGAUGUGUGGGAUGCACACUACAAAAUGUUUUGGUUUGAUCAUCAUGGCAGUAGUCCCAUGGCCAGUAUACAGGAAGCAGAGCAAGCUGCUGAAUUUAAAAAACGAUGGACUCAAUUUGUUAAUGUUACUUUUCAGAUGGAAUCCACAAUCACAAGAAUUGCAUAUGUCUUUUAUGGGCCAUAUAUCAAUGUCUCCAGCUGCCGAUUUAUUGAUAGUUCCAAUUCUGGACUUCAGAUUUCUCUCAAUGUCAAUAAUACUGAACAUGUUGUUUCUAUUGUAACUGAUUACCAUAACCUGAAGACAAGAUUCAAUUAUCUGGGAUUCGGUGGCUUUGCCAGUGUGGCUGAUCAAGGCCAAAUAACCCGAUUUGGUUUGGGCACUCAAGCAAUAGUAAAGCCUGUAAGACAUGAUAGGAUUAUUUUCCCCUUUGGAUUUAAAUUUAAUAUAGCAGUUGGAUUAAUUUUGUGCAUUAGCUUGGUGAUUUUAACUUUCCAAUGGCGUUUUUACCUUUCUUUUAGAAAACUAAUGCGAUGGAUAUUAAUACUUGUUAUUGCCUUGUGGUUUAUUGAGCUUUUGGAUGUGUGGAGCACUUGUAGUCAGCCCAUUUGUGCAAAAUGGACAAGGACAGAGGCUGAGGGAAGCAAGAAGUCUUUGUCUUCUGAAGGGCACCACGUGGAUCUUCCUGAUGUUGUCAUUACCUCACUUCCUGGUUCAGGAGCUGAAAUUCUCAAACAACUUUUUUUCAACAGUAGUGAUUUUCUCUACAUCAGGGUUCCUACGGCCUACAUUGAUAUUCCUGAAACUGAGUUGGAAAUCGACUCAUUUGUAGAUGCUUGUGAAUGGAAGGUGUCAGAUAUCCGCAGUGGGCAUUUUCGUUUACUCCGAGGCUGGUUGCAGUCUUUAGUCCAGGACACAAAAUUACAUUUGCAAAACAUCCAUCUGCAUGAACCCAAUAGGGGUAAACUGGCCCAAUAUUUUGCAAUGAAUAAGGACAAAAAAAGAAAAUUUAAAAGGAGAGAGUCUUUGCCAGAACAAAGAAGUCAAAUGAAAGGCGCCUUUGAUAGAGAUGCUGAAUAUAUUAGGGCUUUGAGGAGACACCUGGUUUACUACCCAAGUGCACGUCCUGUGCUCAGUUUAAGCAGUGGAAGCUGGACAUUAAAGCUUCAUUUUUUUCAGGAAGUUUUAGGAGCUUCGAUGAGGGCAUUGUAUAUAGUAAGAGACCCUCGGGCAUGGAUUUAUUCAAUGUUGUACAAUAGUAAACCAAGUCUUUAUUCUUUGAAGAAUGUACCAGAGCAUUUAGCAAAAUUGUUUAAAAUAGAGAGAGGUAAAGGCAAAUGUAACUUAAAUUCGGGUUAUGCUUUUGAGUAUGAACCAUUGAGGAAAGAAUUAUCAAAAUCCAAAUCAAAUGCAGUGUCCCUGUUGUCUCACUUGUGGCUAGCAAAUACAGCAGCAGCCUUGAGAAUAAAUACAGAUUUGCUGCCUACUAGCUACCAGCUGGUCAAGUUUGAAGAUAUUGUGCAUUUCCCUCAGAAAACUACUGAAAGGAUUUUUGCCUUUCUUGGAAUUCCUUUGUCUCCUGCUAGUUUAAACCAAAUAUUAUUUGCCACCUCUACAAACCUUUUCUACCUUCCCUAUGAAGGGGAAAUAUCACCAACUAAUACUAAUGUUUGGAAACAGAACUUGCCUAGAGAUGAAAUUAAACUAAUUGAAAACAUCUGCUGGACUCUGAUGGAUCGCCUAGGAUAUCCAAAGUUUAUGGACUAAAUGCUGCAGAACCUCCAGAUCCAAAGUGCCAGGCACAGCUCUCAAUCCUGGGAAUGCAAUGGUGAAUCAAGUAUACAUGGACCUUACCUCCAUGAAGCUGACAGUUUAGAGGGAACUAAAAAGAAACAUUCUUUUUCCACUUUUCACAAAUUUCCCAGCAUAAAGGAGCCUACACCAAGUAGAAGCAAAUGCUGUGAAUUCUGUGACUAUAACAGUUGAUCAAAUAUAUUCAAAUAGAGUUUGUUUUAGGGAAAAGACAACAAUAUGUUGUUCUUUUCCCUGUCUUCUAAAUAAUGACAGAAGAAAGGAAACAAAGGAGGGAGGAAAGGAGUGAAAUGGGAAGAAAGGAGAAACCCUAAAUCUGAACACAGAAAAUAAAGUACUCGAGGAGAAUCAUUUCAAUAACAAUGGUGUGUUAAUUGUAUCAACUAUUUAAAAGACUGAAAUAUUAGGGAAGAUGAUACUUGGUAGAACAGAAAGAUAAAUUAUAAUCUAAGCCGAUACUGUUUCACAGUACAUGGCAAUUGCUCUUUCUAUUACACUAUUUCUUUAAGCGAUUUCUGUAUUGCUGACUCUUGAAUGUAAUUUUUCUUUCAACUGUAUUAACACUGGUGUUGAAUUUCACCUAGUGUCUGAGGUUUUCAAAUGUCCUAGAUAAGCCAGUGUCCUCUCAUAUAUUGUGUUUUGCUCUAUGUCUGACCUCAGGAUACAUACAUUAUUCUUUAUGGUUUAAAGAAGGAAAUAUUCAUGGUCAUGCAACAUCUUUAAUGCUCCUUGUUUCUCUUUUUGGAAGUCAAUUUGGCUCCUAUUACUGUCACUUUUCUCAUUUGCUAAAUGGGAAACAUAAACUUUUCAAUCCUUGCAUUAAAAUCUGACACCCCUCAAUGAACAAUAAGUUUAUUUUUACCUUGUUCAUUGCAUGAUGCAAAUAAUGCUCCAAACCCCUGUACUAUACUGAAAUAUUAAUGCCAAGUUUUAUUGAUUUUUGUUUGUUGUUUGUUUUUUGUUUGUUUGUUUUAAUGAUAUGUUCAUUCCUUCACUCUGUUCCAAAAGAUUACUUUUUCUCUGGAUUUGUUUACAUUGCUUGCAACUUUAAAAUAUGGUUAUUUUAACUUUGUGGACCAUUUUAAUUUGAUGCUUUAAUGCAAUAUUUCACUUAACAUUGAAGGGAGAUUUAUAUGUAUAAAAACACAAUACAACCAAGAAAUGAUGAAAUUGCUUUGAGGGGACACACAUUAAAAUAUAAGUUCAUACAAAGGAUAUAGCUAAUAAAAGUUAACUCCACAUAAACAAAACAGAAGGUUUUUACUGUUAUUUUUAAACAUUAAUCUGAGCACCCUGGCUAAUUCAAUGCUAACUGGAGCACAACAUGCUUACAGUUGGCUUAUGUACACCAACUAACUUCUGAUUAUCUCUCUAGAUUUACCGAAGUAAACUGAAAUGUACACAUAUCCAGUUGUUAUUUUGACUUUUUCCUAACAGUAAUUAUAAAACUAAAAUAUCCUAUUGUUGAACACAUGAAUAAAAAGAUACAUGCUUGUAUACACACACACAAACUUAAAAUUUCGUUACCUUAAGAGGCAUAAGGUUUUCUCUGUACAAGCAGCAGGUUGUACUGGUGGGUUUUUCACAAGCUUUGUUUUUACCUUUCCCCCAUUUCCAUCCUUAAUUUGAAGGGGGACAUUACCAUUGAAAAUGUAGUAGACACAACAAGUUUAUAUUUAAUAAUGAUCUUUGGAAUUAGAAAUAAGAACAAAUCCCCUAGUCAGUGUCUACUAGUUCUGAGGUCUUAUGCAAGUUUCUUAAUGUUAAAUCUUCAUUUUUCUAUCAGUAAACUCCCUCAAAGUUGGCGCAAGGAUUUUCAAAAAGUAUGUAAAUUAAUUAUAGUAAUUAUUUCCUCUUUGUGACCAUCUCCAAUAUUCUUGUCUUACUUAUGAAAGACAGAGAGGCAGCAGAGGUAUAUUUACUCUUAUUCUCUUACAGUAUAUGCCCAAAGAGAAAAACCAAUAUAAAAUGUGAUGCAUCUGUUUUUAAGUGAGAAAAUAUUAAAAAUAUUUUCAAAUAAUUUGGGCAUAUAUAGUUAAGAUAUGUAGAUAUCUAUACUAAUCAGGCACAUAUUUUAAUACUGUAUUAAUUGAGUUACACAAACUUGUAAAAUAAAAAUUACACAAUAUUAUUUAGAAAUGAUUAAUAUGAUUUAGAAAUACUGCUUUUUUAAGCUUCAUAUUUCAGUAAACAGAUUUUAUUCAGCCUUUCACUUCACCUUCAAUAUCUUCAUUUCCAGAGCCGCAUUUUGUCUUUUUCCAAAGUAUAUUUGUUUCUGAGAUUUAUUGAGAUAUAAACAUUUCUGAAUUCAAGUUUGAUGCUGUCAUUCAGUUUUAUUCCAUGUCACAAGAGCUUUUUUUUUUUUUUUUUUUUUUGGAGACAGAGUCCUGUUCUGUCACCCAGGCUAGAGUGCAGUGGCGCAAUAUCAGCUCACUGCAACCUCCACCUCCCGGGUUCAAGCGAUUCUUGCGCCUCAGCCUCUGGAGUAGCUGGGAUUAUAGGCGCCCACCACCACAUUGAGCUGAUUUUUUUGUAUUUUUAGUAGAGAUGGGGUUUUGCCAUGUUGGCCAGGCUGGUCUUGAACUCCUGACUUCAGGUAAUCCGCCCCGUCAUCCUCCCAAAGUGCUGGGAUUAUAGGCAUGAGCCACCCUGCCUGGCCACAGGUGCCAUUUGCAUAACAUUAAGCAUAACUGCGUUCAUACCUUCAUUUGAUAGGCAUAUAUUUGUGAUUGUCUACAUUAUUGUAUUUUUUCCAUUUCAAUUUUUUCCACUUAAGUAUAUGUAAACUCAGCUUGUUUUAGAACAUUACAUUUACUCCACUGACUGUGAUAGAAUAAAUGGAAACCAGUUGGAGGAAGUGUAUUCAAAUUACAUAUAAAUGUAUAUGUAUAUAUUGCCUUAACACCCUACGUAACAGAGGAUUAUAUCAAUAUAAAACUAUUAAAUGUACCUAGAAUGAACUUUUCUGUUAAUUCACAGGCUAUUCACACAUUUUUUGGGUAGCGGUAAAAUUCUACAGUACCUCAUCUUUUGGUUGGUGCUUUGUAGGUUUGGAUGCUUUCUUUUUCAUGGCUUGUACGUUGGGACUAAGGAGCAAAUUCCAGAGCCUCCAGUCAGAAACUCAACCUUUCAGUAAGGAGAGUGGGAGAGUGUGCACCUCUGAAGUAGGACUGAGUCUCAUAGUACUAUGCUAGUGGGGCACAUACCCUCAAUAGAGAGUCAGCCCUUGUGUGCGAUUGUUUAUUAUUGGAUAUUGCUGCCACAUCCUUGCAUUAGUUGUCUCUAGGCAGUUAUAUCCCACUAUUGUGUUGAUUCUUUUAUAUACGAGCUUUAUUGCCCCUGUCUGUUGAACUGUAGGUAUUUGGAUAUGCAAAAUAUAUUGCACUAAUAUGUUGACAAUGAAAAAAUGCAUUGACCCUAGCUGGGAAUUUGGAAGCCCUCCCCUAUGAUAUUGAUAUGUUUUUGUGGCCAGAACUGGGAUUCAGAUUUAGAAUUCAUAUACUCACACAUUCUACAAAAUGUUGUGAAACAUAUGUAAUAUGAAAGUAAUAAAGUGGACAUGAGUGUACACACCAACCACUGUAAGAAAUAUGCAGUUAAUAUUAGUAGUUAAGCCCUCCAUCUGACCUCCCAUUUUCACAUUGUCUGCUCCCACCAACCAUCUCAGAGGUAACUUCUGUCCUGGAUUUUGUGUUUAUCAUUUCCUUGUUCUUUAUAGCUCCACCAUAUAUGGCACUAUCUUCAUCAACAUACUGUAUGAUUUUGCAUGUUUGUAAAUUUUAUUUUAAUACUAACUGUAUUAGUCAGGUUUCUCCAGAGGGACAGAACCAAUAAGAUAAGGUUGUUAGGGAGAAUUGUUUUAUAGGAUUACAAGGGGAAGUUCCAGAGUAGGUCAUCUGCCAGCUGGGUAAAGAGAAGCUGGUAGCAUUGCUCAGUCCAAUUCCAAAAGCCUCGAAACCAGGGAAGCCAACAGUGAAGCACUCAGUCUGAGACUGAAGGCCCGAGAAUCCCUGACAUGCUGCUCGUUCAAGUCCAAAUGCUAAAGAACCUGGAGUCUGAUGUCCAAGGUCAGGAGGAGAGGAAGCCAAGUAUGUGGCACAGCAGGGAAAGAAAGAGAGCAAGCCAACUCAGCAAGCAACCUGUCUAUCCCAGUUCUUCUGCCUGCUUUGUUCUAGCCUUGCUGGCAGCCUAUUAGAUGGUGUCCACCCCCACAUUGAAGGUGGGUUCUCCUCUCCCAGCCCACUGCCUCAAAUGCCAUUCUCUGCCAGCACCCCCACAGACACACCCAGGAACAAUGCUUCAUCAGCCAUCUAGGAAUCCCUCAGUCUAGUCAGGUUGACACCCAAUACUAACCAUCACAGUAACACAUUGUACCAUUAGUAUCCAACUUGCUUUUAUUUUUUGCUCAAAAUUUUGUCUAAUACAUGUGAUGUUUGUAGGUGGAGAUCACUUAUUUUCACCAUGGUAGUGAUUCAUUAUAUGAAUAUGCUAUUGUAGGAACAUGCCAUACCUUAUUUAUCUUUUAGCUGCUUGGUAGAUUUUAAGGAUAUUUCUAAUUUUUGCAAAUUCAAGUAAUUUUUUGUUAAAAUUCUUAAGUAUGUUCCAUAAUGUACACGUGCAGGAAUUUAGUUUUUUGUUGGUUUGUUUGUACUAAGAACCUUCCCUCCCACUCAAUCUUCCUUUUUAGCAUAUAUAUCUAGAGCUGAAAGGUUCUGGAUUAAUAUGAUAUGUACAUCCUCAACUAUUAUAGACAAUGCCAAAUUAUUUUUCAGAUUGUUUGUAUAAAUUAUCACUCUAAUAUAGGAGAGUUUCUAUGCUGGAUUUUCUUCUGCACUUGACAUUUACAGAAUUUUUAAUAUUUCCCUGUCUGGUGGGAUAAAAGAAUGUCACAUUAUGGUUUUCAUUUACAUUUCUCUGACUAGUAAUGACUUAGAACUUAUACACACAAGUGUGUGUGCACAUGUACACAUAUACCCACCCACCCAUCCAAACUCACACACCCACCCAAACUCACACAUAUAGCCUUUAUUUUUGUCAUGUGUGUUUCUUUUCUGGAGUGAAAUUGGAGUCAUUUCUUUUACCCCUUUUUCUAUUCAGUUUUUAUUGACUCACUGAAGUUUACUAUGUAUUAUGAAUACUAAUCCUGUUUUGAUUAUAUGUAUUGUGAAUAACUUUUUGGCUUAUGUUUUCUUGAUUUUUGUAUAGUGACCAUUGUGAUAGCUUUAGAUACACAGGUGUUCUUAAUUUGAAAGUAAUCAAAUAUGUCGGUGUUUUCUUUUAUUAUGUGCACUGUUUUUGCAUCUUACUAAAAUUUUUUCCCAAGAUGUUGGCCCUGAAAAUGUUCUAUGUUUUCUCCUAAGCAUUUUUUAAAAUUAUUUAUUGCUGCCUAACAAUAUUACCAGAAACCUAGUGGCUUGAAACAACAUGCAUUGAUUAUCCCACAGUUUCUGUAGGUCAGGAAUCGACCAUGACUUAGUUGGGUACUCUGCUUUAGGGUCUUUCUCAAAGCAGCAAUUAAGUUGCUGGCUAGGGCUGCAAUCUCAUCUGAGACUCAACUGGGGAGGCAUAUGCUUCCAAGCUCGCAUGAUUGUUGGCAGGAUUUCGUACCUUGUAGAUUGUUGGACCUAAAGCUUCAAAACUUUUCUGGUUGUUGCCUGGGGUCCACCUUUAGUAGCUUCCAUGUGGACCUCUCUGUAUAGCAGCUUGCUUCAUUAAAGCCAGGAAGACAGUCAAUAGAGAAACUCUGCCAACAAUGUAGCAUAAAUUAUGAAAGUGACACCCAUCAUAGUUGCUGCAUUCUCAUGGUUGAAAGCACAUCAGAGGUCCCAUCCAUACUCAGAGAGAAGGGGCUACACAAAGGCAUAAGUACCAGGAGAUGGGGAUAAUUUGGGGGUCAUGUUACAGUCCAUCUGCCACAGAUUUUGUCUUUCAUAUGUAAGUAUUUAAUCUACUUUAUAUUAAUUGUUGUCUCUAUUCUGACUUUUUUUUGUAUGAAUAACCUAUUGUCGUAAACUAAAAAGAUUGAAUAAUCGUGUUUUUUGUUUGUUUUAUUUUUUUGCCCGCUAACCUUCAGUGCCGUCUCUACCAAAUAUUAAGUUUCUAUAUUUUGUAGGAGGCUACUUUAGGCUUUCUCUUCUAUUCCACUGGAAAAUUUGAUUACAUCAAUGACAAUACCACACUGUCUUUAUUACUACAGUCUUAUUGUUAGCCUUGAAAUCUGGCAAGAUGAGUCUUUAUUUUCUUUCUCAUUGUUGUCUUGGAUUUUCUUAAGCCUUUGUUCUUACACAUGCAUUUUGGAAUUAGUUUGCACAUUUACUCAAAACAAAGAACAAUGCAUUUUAAUUGUAAAUGCAUUGUAUCAGUUUUGGGAGAGUUGACAUCUUUACAUGAAUUAGUCCCUAUUCAUGGGCAUGGUAUGCAUCUCCUCUUAUUUAAUACUUGGUAGUCCUUUGGUAGAUUUAAGUCAGAGCACUUUAUAUAUUGUUAUUACUGUGGAUUAUAUUUAUUGUCAAUUAUAUGUUCUAACUCUUCCUAGUAUACAGAAAAUGCAGUUUAUUUUUGUGUAUUUAUAGUGUAUCAGGGACCUUAUUAAAUCGUCUUAUUAAUUCAACAAUUUGCCUGUAAACUUUCUGGAGAUAUUUAUGUAUAUGGUUUGGUAACAUGUAAUUACUAUGAAUUAUAUUUUCUUUCUAAUUUUAUAACUUUUUAAUAUUCUUACUGCAUUUGUUAGGACCCCCUGUGAAAUACUGAAUAGAUAUGGUAAUACCUGUAAUGGGUAUUGUGCUAUUUAUAAAGUUAAUGGAGUGCUUCUAAUAUUUCACUACUUUCCAAAUGGACAUUGUGUAUAUUUCAUAGGUUCACCUUAUCAGGACGUGAUAUUCCCUUCUAUUCCUAGUUUGAUAAGUGACAUCUUAUCAUGAAUGCAUGAUGAAAUUUAUUGAAUGUUUUUCCUCCAUCUUAUGAAGAUUCUCAUGUGUUUCUUGCCUUUAUCUGUUAAUGUAAUGCAUUUUGUGAAAAUCUUUUCUUAUUUGAGAUUAAAUCCAACUUGGUUUGCUAUGAUAAAAUGAGCCUGGGAAUGAUUCAUUAUAUUUGUAUAGUUUGCUGAAUUUUCUUUGUUAAUAAUUAGUUUAAGAUGUUUACAUCAACAAUUGUAAUUGUGAUUUGCCUGUAAUCAUCUUUUCUCAUAUUGUAGUUGCCUAAUUUUGAAGUCAACAUGAUACUUGUCACAUAAAAUAAGUUGGAAAUCUUUCAUUUUUAUGUUCUUUAGAAGAGUUUGCAUAAGAUUGAAAUGAUUUAAUACUAGAAUAUUCAUUAGAACCUAUCUGUAAAGCCAUCUGACCAUUGUAUUUUCUUUGUGGGAAGCUUUUUAACAAUGUGUAAAGUUGUAUUUUGUGCUUAUAGGCUUAUUCUAUUUAGCUCAUAUAGUUAUUUUGUAAGUCUAUUUUGGCAAGUUGUAGUUUUAAGAAUUUGUCUUUUUGGUCUUACUCUGUUACGUAGGCUGCAUUGUGUGGCGUGACCUUGACCGCCUGGGCACAAGCAAUCUCCCACCUCACCUCCCAAAUAACUAGAACUACUGCACACCACCGCACCUGGCAAUUUUUUUUUUUUUUUUUUUUUUUUUUUUUUUUUUUUUUUUGAGACUUAGUUCAUUCUUGUUGCCCCGGCUGGAGUGCAAUGGCACAAUCUCGGCUCACCGUAACCUCCACCUCCCGGAUUCAAGCACUUCUCCUGCCUCAGCCUCCCGAGUAGCUGGGAUUACAGGCAUGCAGCACCAUGCCCAGCUAAUUUUGUAUUUUUAGUAGAGACAGGGUGUCUCCAUAUUGGUCAGGCUAGUCUCAAACUCCCGACCUCAGGUGAUCCGCCCACCUCGGCCUCCCAAAGUGCUGGGAUUACAGGCGUGAGCCAUGGCGCCUGGCCUGUGUUUUGUUUGUUUUUUUUUUUAAUUAUUUUUGUAGAGAUGGGGUCUUACUCUAUUGCCCAGUCUGUGUCCUUUUCUUUUUCACAUUUAUUGACCUAAGUUUACUCAAAAUGCAUAUUCUGUUGCCUCUCUGUUCACCCCCUACAUAUUUUUUUCUAUGCUUAAUAUUGAGCAUGUGUGCUUUAUUUCCUUUUAUUACUUAAUUGGAGUUUCCCUUUUAUAAUAUAAGUCUUUUCGAAGAUUAACUUUUAGUUUUACUUUGUUUCUAACUUCUAUUUUAUGUACAUUUGCUGUUGCAUUAACUUUGGCUUCUGAUUUUACCUAUUUCCUUCAUUCUAUUUUAUUUUUUCUAAUUUGCUUUCGAUGUUGUAUUUUGUGUCUUCUUUAAUUAGAUAUAUGAUCCAUUUUUUUUUUUUUUUUUUUUGUCAGUGUCCUGCCAAAACCCACCAGGAAUGAGCUGGAUUUAUUGCUUCUUUUAGUGAGAGAGAUUUAAGAAGUGUGGCUUUUCUCUGGAUUAGCUACUCUCAGGAAGUGGAAGUAGUUCUAUGAUUGGGUAUCUGAAUAAAUCUUAUCUAAAAGGAGACAUGAAUACAGAGAGGCUAAAGCUGUAAUUGAUGAAAAAGUAGCCAUUGCUUAUAUUAACCGGGAGACAGGAAUGUGCACUAUUUUGUGGUUUAGAAAAUGUUUAUACUUUUUCUGUAUUCAAACAUGAUUAUGGAGUAGUGUUGUUUUUGUCUUGAUCACUGAGGUGACAGAGUGGCUUUGUUCUGUGAAAUGUUCAUGUUCAACAAGAGGAUAUUGGGUCUGGCUGAUGGUGACAGGCCAGCUCCUCAAUGUCAGGAGGUAAUUUUUUUUCAUUCUCAUUUUUAAAUUAUUAUUAUUUUUUACUAUACUAAUUUAAGGCUAUUAAUUUAUUUUUUAAACCAUAUUGCUUAUAUUCCACACAUUUUGAUAUGUAGUUUAUUCAUUAACCCUUCUAAAUGUUUUCUUACUUCCAGUGAAACUCAUGGUUGAGUUAUUCUUAACUUUAUAUAGUACUAUUUAUCUCAUUUAUCUCUUGUUAUUACUUUUUAUCUUCAGUAUGUUGGAAUUUUGUUUAGUAUUAGUUUGAGAUGUAAUUUUUCGUUUUGAUACUACCAAACAUUUUGUGGCCUGAUGUUUUUAACAUACAUACUGUAUAUAGAAGAUAGCUGGAUUUUACUGACGUUCUAACAAUCAUUGUCUUUUAUUGGAGUGUUUAUAUCCAUGUGAUUAUUGAUAUGCAUGGAUUUAUUUAUAAUUAGUAUGUACUUUCUGUCUAUACCUCGUUUAACUAUUAAUAUAUUCCUUUUCAACUUCUGUUCUGAAUUAUUUUGAGAUGAUUAAUGCCUCCCUUCCUUUUACUAAAAGCAAUGCAUCCUAUUUCUAUUAUUUCAGGGCUUAUUAAAGAAAAAUGAAAAGUGAUUAUUACUCUUUUAUACAACCAGUAUUUGUAUAUUUAUUCAUAUGUUUAUGUUUUUCUUUCUGUACCAUCAUACUGCUCAAGCCUUUAUUCUGUGCUCAUUUUUUCUACCUUAAGUGCAUCUUUAAUAUUUUCUCAAUUUUUAUUUGCCUAAAAUGUCUUUUUAUGACAUUCAUUCUUGCAACAUAAGUUGGCUGUACAUACAGUCCUAGGUUUACAGCAUUUUGAAUAUAUUAUUCUACUUACCUCUUUUUACUACUUCUAUUUUCUCAAUGAAAUAGGAAGCAGAAUCAAUAGAUGAGAAAAAAGAUGGGGAAAGAAGUUUUGGAGGCUGGAUAAGAGAAAAGGAGAUAUAAAAAUAGUCAUCUAGAAGAGUGAAAGAGUAAAGGAUAUGGAGAGGGGAAAUUUUGUACCAUUGCUAGACAGCUCUAAUGGCCUUCUUGAAAGUAAUGGCUGUUCACUUUAUGUAAGAAGCCUUUACCCCAGCUCUGUUCAGCUGCACACAUGCAAGUGUAGAAAAAAAUGGGAAGCUAGAUUAGCCAGAUUAUGUUUUCCCCAGGAGUGAGUGAGAUGACAGAAGAAAAAAAAAUAAGAGAUAAGAUUGCUUGCAAGGGACUGAUUAUGGAGGGUAAAGUGGCUAUGAGAAUAUGAGGCUUAGGAAACACUGUAAAAGGGAUUUUAAAUCUGGCAUCCAAGAUUGUUGGAAUUGAGGUACUAGCUGGUAAGAUAAACUAAAUAAACUAGUUUUUGUCAUUUUCAAAAUUGCCUCAUGAGCAAAGAAGGCUAGUAGAGCUGAAAUCAUCAUUGCUGCAUUCCAGGAAGCUGGAAGGAAGGAGAGAAGAGCAACAUCCCAGAUGAUGUUCUCUUCUGAAAAGAGCCUUUUAAUCAACAACUUCCACUUUCUUGAGGUAUAAUUAUGUAGAAAAGAAGAAUUUCUGGAAUUACUUGAGAUUUUAAAAACAUCAAAGCAGAGACCUCCACAGAUUCAGAUUUCCAUGGCCUGGGGGGAGGGUAAAAUGGGUAACCAGCAUCUGCAUUUUUUAAAUGCUCACCCUCCAGGGGAUUCUACUGUGUAGUGCAGGGAAAUCCACUGCAUUAGGCAGAUAAUAGUACAAUCAAUUACAGUUGUUUCUUGUUUUCUGCAGUAAUUGUGUCAUAUAACAUUGUUGCAAACACUGAAUUAGUGAACAAUACCCUAUUGCUCCUGGGGAAAUACAGGGUUAGGGUCCUGGAAGCCUUUGGUCACUAAAUUUUUAUCAGUCAAUAACCUUGGUUCAUGAAUGUUUCUGUUUAAAGACACCUUAUAUAAUAAAUAUUGCUGAUUGGCUUUUGACAUUGAACUCACAGCCAACAGCACUGUAACUCAUACCUGAAUGAAGCUUAUCUAACACUUGUAUUUUCUUUGUAAGGCAUAUCAUAGGCUUCUUUAGUCUAGGAACACUAUUAGCCCUGCAACACUACACUUUGGGGCCAAUUUAAACAGCAAACUCACCAGCAAAAAUCACACAAAAAAGUGUGAAAAACGUGACAUUAAAUAAGCCCUGAAAAGUGCACUUGCUUAUAGCAUGAAAGUGGAAACAAACAGGCAAAGCACUACCUUGUUCAACCUCGGUUGGGAAUGUGCUCUCUCUCCAGGUAACUUAAAUUUUUUGCCGCUCUGCAUGUAUCUGCAAAUGACCAUUGACAGUGAUUAUUGAUUUUUGAGGUAACAUACAUUUUAGCAAGAAGUCAAACUUACAAAUGCAAAUCUGCACAUAAGGAGGAUCAACUGUUUCUGAAGUUCUUUCCUUUCCAUAUGUAGCUCUGGUUUUUCAGAGAUCUCUGCUUGAACAACAGCUCCUACAGUUCCAUUUCUGUGCACUUGUGCCCCCUCUGUCCCACUUUAACAAGAAUUGUUCUUUUUCAACCAUUUGCAAAAAGUUCUGUUUUAAUCUUACCCUUGCGCUCAUUUUCAGCACUUUUUAAAGUGAUAUUCUUUGUUCUCAUUACAAUACAGUAUUGUGGAAGGAGAAAAAUUAGGAAAGUCCUUUUUUGUAUUAAAAAAUAGGUAUGUUUUGAAGAAUGUCUUUAAAAAUACAGAGAAAUAUGAGGGGCACCACAAAGCCCUCUCUGAGAAAUAUCUACUAGCAUUUUUCUUAAUGUUCUUUCACUUUUAGGUUUAGAAAGGUACAUUAAUAGAUAAAGUGAUCGAAUUGAGAUUAAAAGUAUAAUCUACUUUUCAAUAAUAAGGUAAAUGUAGAUCCAAUAAUUCUUCUCACACAACUGUUGAGCUAAUUGCUAAUUUAUUUAGAUAUGUUUCAAGUUUAUUCUUAACAAUAGCUUUCUAAAGUACCUUAUAGUAUGUCCAAUUCAAUAAUUAAUGGGUGAAACAUACACAUUAAGAACUAAUCUUAUUUUUCUCACAUACCCUAAAAUAUAUUUCAGUGGAUUUAUGGCAUAAAUGUAAUCACAGACAUUUCAGAUUACUAUGAGGAAAUAAUUGCUUGUACAAUAUCGAGGGUAAAAGAGGUAGAACUAACUAAUCAUUAGACCAAAGCCAGGAACCACGUAAGAAAAUAUUGAAACGUUUACAUACAUAUUUUUAUAUCUUCUCUAUAUCCAAAAAACAAAAACAAUAAUAGUAACGGCAUUAAAAAAGAGCACCAAAUUAGAAAACACGACUGUACUAUAAACUGGUAAAGAUUUAAUAUUUUUAAUAUAGAAAAGGGUUUAUAAAUCUUUAAGUAAAAAAGAAAAUGUUCAACCUAAAAAGAGAGAAAUCAAAGUGAUAAAAUAUGUUUAAAACAAUCUGUUUUACCAGUUCAGGUAUGCAUACUGUUACUUAUCUUCCAUUUUAUCAUUGUUUCUACUUAAGGUCUUCCUCAUGCUACUAAAUAAAUGGGGGAGAAAGACAUACAGGAAAAAAAAAGUCUAAAAUUUCUUGGAAUUUAAUCAAAAGUUUUCAGGACUAAUUCCAAACACAAAAUGAAAAACAAUCUAAAAUCCCAUGUGGCCAAAACUUUCACUGCUUCUCACUGGUAUAAAGUAUCACUAUAGAGGACUGGUUCUGCUUACCUAAACAAAUGGCAAUUGUGUGUGAGGGCCAAAAUUGCAUGCUUAUACCACUUUGUGCAGUUGACAUUGGUGGCUCAUGCCAAAAGGCCAGUUCAUUUUAGUUCAUCUUUUUGCUUAAUUUGUUGUUUUUUAAAAGGACAACCUACUGGAUCACUGUUACUAGAUCUAGAAGAGCUGCCUACAUUAGGUAUAUAUUACACAGAAAUCAGCCAUCAUCCCGCACCCCUAACCCCUUAAAAACCAUUAGGAACUUCUAUUGAACUUAAAUUACCAGCCUAAAAUUUCCUUUCAAGAUAAUUUUAUUUCGGUGUUUUCUUCUUCUUUCCUGCACACUGAAUUGCUUUGGCAUCAUGCUUUCCAGCUUUCAAGGCCUCUCUACAUUCAACUUUUGAAAAAAAAAAAAAGGUGAGGGGGGGAUUGGUUAAAAGUCACUUCAGUUUCAAAAAUGUCCUGGUCCCCUUCAGUGAUCAGUCAUCAUCACAGUGACCAGUUUGGCAUCACAAGCCAUAGGUGAAAGAUUCAUUUUUCUCAACCCUCAAAACAUUUCUUGUCUCAAACCAAGAGGCACCAACUUAUGUUAAAACUAAGGUUACAUUAAAGCUGUGUUUCUUUUGUUUGUUUCUUGCUUUAGACAGUAGGGGAGAAGUAACAUGGCCAGAGAAUAGCUAGACCUAGCCCCUGACCAAACUAAAAGUCAGAAAUAAGCACUUAACGCCAAACUUAGAAAAAGCACUGUCGUUUGUUUCUAUGUUUGUUUUUAAGGUAUUAGGAAUGAAAAAGUGUAGUAUAUCCAAAUGUAGGUUAUCAGCUAUUGUCACUCUUGAUUUCAUAGUCUAUGUUUUGGAUAGAAUUAUCCUACUAUCCUAGCUUUCCAUUUAGGAUGAUGGCAAUGACCAUGAAAAUGAUGGGAGUGAAUAUUCUUCAAGUACACUCUGUUUACUUCCGAGUGUUCUGUUUCAGAUGCUUUUAAGAAGGGCACAUUGUGACAGACUACACAUGGCUAGCGCUGACCACUCUUAGCCUCUCACAAUCUCUAUUUUCUUCAGGAGCUAAAGCAGGCCCACAUGUCUAGUUCCUUGAAUAGUUCACCAGGAGAGGGACAUUCUUUCUCAUUGUGAUAUUUACUUUAAAUCUGGCUCAGUAGAAGUGAUCAUGUUUAGGAUUUGGAUUUCAAAACCCUAAGAAAGUUUCCUUAACUUUCCAAUAGAUUUGCCUGAGGUCGUAUAGUGAGGAACCAAGAAAAACUCCAAAGAUAGUUAUUUCACAAGGCAUUCAUUGUUUUCUUCAUUUUACACUUCCAUUUACCUCUAAAUUAAAAGGUAAAAGAGAGGAAGAAUAAAAUGGAUGCAUUCUCAGUCAGCUUCUGGCUUGUUAGUAAAUCGGCCUCAUUAGAAAAUCCAAGCGCUUUAUAGUCAGAAAUAGAAAUAGUAUUAGGAAAUCAUUAGUAUAUAGCUGAUGGGUUAAACCAGUACUGGAAUGCUAUCACUCAAGAAUAGGUAGCAUGGAACAAAUUAUAACUAAGGUAUAAAUUCUGGGAAUACUAAUAUUUAAGGGGAAGUCAGAAGUUUAAAAAGAUGACUGAGGAGAAGCAAUGCUUUAAUUGCAUCCUGUAAGUUUUGAUAUAUUUUCACUGUUCAGAUUAUUUUCUAUUUAUUAUUAUUAUUUUUAUGCAUGCUUUAAAUUUAUCACUCAAUUUCCAGAUACAUGGGGAUUAGUAGUUAUGUUUAUUUGGUAGCACUGUUAUAAAAUGUUGUGUGUUAUUUUAAUACUUGGAGAUUUUUUGAAACUCACUUUAUGGUUCUGCAUAUGGUCAAUAAUUGGAAAUGAUUUAUGUGUCCUUGAAAACAAAGUGUAUUCUGAAAUGUUUGGGCAUAGUGUUUUCUAUAUGUCCAUUAAUAAGUCACAUUGUUUAAAUUGUGUAAGUCAUCAACAACACGUGUGGGUGUGCACACACACUUUUUUCUAACUCUGAGAGAUGCUUUAAAAUCUAAGAUGGCUUUGUUUCCUAGUUUUAUCCAUUUUUGUUCUAUGUAUAUUUCUGCUAUUAAAUUUACUUCUCUCAUUCAUAUAGGCUAAAUACCUAUGAGUAGAAUGUCAGGGUUGUGUGUUAUAUGUGUGUUGGAUUUUUAACAUUCAUCUAUAUAAAUUUUAACCUAAAAGCGCACGUGACGGUGUUGUUAAUUCAAAGUGGAUCUUAUCGUAUAUGUCACUGUAAGUAAUAAGUGUGCUCCUCCCUUUGCCUUAGUCCUUACCCUUCAAACAAAUUGAUAAGAAGUAGGCUAAUUGUCCUAUACAAGUAGCUGGACAGCUCAAUAGCUAGGAAUAAAGAAAAAAAUAAUUUUUCUCUGCUUAUAAAGGGGGAGGAGGCAGCUGUAUCCCACGCGUCCUGAAAGGGACUCCUUACUCCAGCCUUUCAGCAUGAAUAUAUGUGAAAUCUCUCUCACAGCCAGCUAGCCUCUUGUGACCCAGUUUUUAUGGAGAUGUGUCCAAGUUCCUGGAGCCGAUUCGCUUUUGAUAUGUAAAUACCUAGGAAAGUAGCUGCUAUUAUAUUUUCUUGUACCUUGGAGUCUUAACCCGGAACCUAAUACAACUGUAACCAUUUUACAUAGAAGUUUGAAUAUCUCAUUGGUCAGAACAAUUAAGAAAACAAAUGGCUACAGAUCUAAUUGAGAUCUCUAAUGGUUUGUGAAAAUAUUUCUAGGAAGCGAGGGCUUUUCACAGAAACAGUGAAAACUCUAGGCAAGUUUUAUUUCCGUCUAUGUAGUAUGUUUAACUUCUUAAGAAACUGAAAAGCAGUUUUCAAAAGUUUUUAUACCAUUUUACAUUUCAACCAGCAGUGUAUGAGAAUUCUAGUUUCUUCAAAUCCUUCCUGGUAAUUGAUGGCAAUCAUACUUUGUGAAUACAGGAAUUUUCACAUUAAAUUUUUUUUUAGGUACUAACUUGGCUUUACCUCACAAAUUUUUAUAUAUCUCAUUUUUAUUUCAUUCAAUUGAAUAUAUAUUUGUAUCUACCUUAUAUUAUUCAACCAUAGGAUAUGUACAACUGCGUGUUGUUUUAAAACAUUUAGAGUUUUCUCUUCUAUCCUUCUAUUAAUUUUUUAGUUUAUCGUGGUUAAGAAGAUGCUUUGUGUGAUUUCAAUUACUGAGCAUUCUUUGAUGCCCAGAAUAUGGUCCAUAAAUGUACCAUACCAUGAUAAAUGUACACAAGCACUUAGAAAGAAUGAAUAUACUGAUAUUUUUAUGUGUAGCACUUUAUAAUUUUCAUUUAGGCCAAGCCAGGUGACAAUGUGUAUAUCAUUAUUAAUUUUCCUUCAACUUGGAGAUUUUCUUUAAAAUUUCUGUAGUACAGGUCUGCUGACAAAACAUUAUUUCCCUCUCACACAAAUAGACACACUCUCUAAGAAGCAUUUAGAAUGCAUAUACUGAUAUUUUUAUGUGUAGCACUUUAUAAUUUUACAUUAGGUCAAGCUAGCUGACAAUGUGUAUAUCAUUAUUAAUUUUCCUUCAACUAGAAGAUUUUCUUUAAAAUUUCUGUAGUACAGAUCUGCUGACAAGACAUUAUUUCCCUAUCACACUAAUAGACACACACUCUCAUUGGAAAAUAUUUUCAUUUUGCUUUAAAUUUCUGAAAGAUAUUUUCACUGACAAUGGAAAUCUUAGGUUGAAAAUAUUCUAAACUUUUGAAAUAUUAUUACACUGUCUUCUGGUUUUUAUUGUUUUUGAUGAAAGUCAGCAGACAUUAAUAUUAUUGCUCCCAUGUACCUAAAGUGUUCUUUUUCUAUUUCUACUUUGAAGACUUUCUUUUAAGGUUUGAAUCAACGAUUUAUGAUGUGUCUAGGUGUGAUUUUCUUUGUAUUUAUUCUGCUGUUGUCAGAACCCCCAAAUUUGGGUUUGAAUAUCCAGUGCGGAGUAAGCCAAACAAUAACACAUGAGUGGAUAGGAACAGAGAAAGGUUUAUUUGAUUUGGCCAAAGCGUGAGAGUGGGAGAGGCAAACUCUGAAGUCCGACCUGCUUUUGAACAUAACUGGGUGAUUUUAUGAAUAAGGAAGGUGUGUGCGAGAUGAGAACUUUCCGUGAUCAAAGCUGUUUGCCUCCCUCCUCAGAUAGAACUUCUAGAUGCCAUCAAAGAGCUCUGUAUGACCUAAGGAUUAUUGUUCUUUAAAAGAAAAAACAAGUUUAUUAACCUUUCGGGCAACCCCCGGGUGGUUAGAAUAUGAAGUUAAUCAAUUAUUAGUGACUACCGUGUACUGAAAUAACUACAUGCAAGCAAUCAUGCAUGGGGGAAGAAAAGGACAAAGAAAAGUUAAACACCGUAUGAUUUUUAUAAUAUAGGAUCAGUUACACUAAUUAAAAUUGAUGAUCUUCUUAAAUGUGUAAACUUUAUGCCUUUCAUCAACUUGGGGAAAUUUUUGUCCAUUAAUUCUUCAAAUAUAUUUCUGCUCCAUAUUUUCCCUCCUUUUCUUCUAGAAUGGUAUUUAUAUGAUGUUUAACCUUUUGUUUUAGAAGGUUAACAUGGCUAAACACAAACUGCAAACCGAGUCCCCUAUUGUUGACAGCAAUUGAGAUAUGUUUUCAGAUCUUUUAGCUUUAUAAGUAGUGCUUGGAAUCAGUUGCAUGCAAGUGUAAUUCCUGAAUCUGCCAGAGAUUGACUCAGGGUUUAUGUGCAGAAUUUGGUGCUGCCCUUCUAUGGUUUUCUUUUUUCUAUGCUUCCCCCCUUUUUAAAUUUUGUAACUUCAGUGGUAGUCCUGACAUCUGUCUUCUCAUUCUUUAAAAGAGUAAGAUUACAGGUUUGUAACUAUUUUAGCUGCUCCAUGUUAAGCCAGCUUGCUGAGAAGCCCACAAAAGUUUUCAAAGAUAAAAUAUUUCUUGAGUCGGAUGAUGAGGAAACACUCUCUGUGUGUUGAUUUUCCAUUUUUGUAUGUGUGUAUAUUAAUUUGUAUAUCUUUAUACAAAGGAAUUCUCAAUUUAUUAGACAAUAGUAGAUAACAGACAAUCUUCAAGAAGAAAGAACUUUUGUCAUCAACUAGUCUGGGUAUGCAGAAAAUUAUACCUAGAUAACAUAAGUGACCUUUCUUAUUGGCACAUUGUUAAUGACAAAAUUAGUAUGGGAAAACCUCCUGAAAGUUACUCUAAAGCCUACUAUUAAACAAAAAGACAUGAAUAUCUUAAAUGGUCUUCGAUUUAUUUUAUAUUACAUUAUUUUAUUUUAGACAAUAAUUUUGUGUUUAAAGUUUAGAUGUUUCUUGAACAUAAGAGCUUAGUACUGCAACGUGAUAGGCAUUCAUUAUGAAUUGGAAUAUUGGAAAUCUAUAAUUUAUAGUCAGACGUAGAAAAAGAAGUUGACUAUUCUGUCAAAAUUUAUUCUCACUAGUAACAAACUCGAAAAAAUGUUUCUUUAUCAUUAUUUCUCAAGUUUCUUGAAACGACAGGGUUGUCUUACUAGCAGUGCCCCCUGGAUAUUAUCAGUUUUUCAUUUGACUGCACUUCUGUGAUACUUCAAUAACCUUGAAAUAAAACUCAGAUCCCAAGAUACGCUUCUUACCAACCUCUUCCAAACAGAGAAAACCUGCAGAUAAAAGAAAAUAAAAACUCCCAAAGACGGUUUGGAAGGCUUUUGAUAUGCUAAUGUAACUAUUCCCAGCUUUUAGAGACCAUUCAGCAUAGAGACUCAUACCCAUUCAAACAGACUCCAGUUAAACAAGCAUACUUGAAAUGACUGUCACUAUCAGUAAAGAACUGGGACACUUAAUGUAAAAGAGGAGGAUGGAUCCCAGUUCUCAUCAACUUUGCCCUUGUUUUCUAGUUAUUUUUUAUCUUUCAUAGAAAUAUAAAAGUAAUCCUCAAACUGAGUAACAGAGGCUUCAUGAUGUGUGCAUUUGCUUCUCGGCAUAGGUCAUUAUUGAUUGAAUCAUAUUUUGUUUGAAUUGUCCAUAUAGAUAAAGCUUGGUUACUUGAUAUUGGUGAUUUUGAUAUCCCUUAUGGUCAUUGAAACAAUCACUUUUAUAAGGCAUGGUAGUUAUGCGAUUUACUUUUCAGAUAGUGAUACAAGAGACUGUUAAAACCAGAUUGACCUUUUGCAACAAGUGGCAAAAAUAUUCAUUUUUUUCUUAAUGAAAUAAAUUGAUUUUAUACUAAAAGUUAAGAAUUUUUGGAAAAAUGAAUAUUUGAGAAAGCAUUAGGGUAAACCUUUCCUAGUUAGAAGUAUCUAAUUACUUUGGAAACUUGUCCUCAACGUGGGUAUAGGAUAAGGCUUUCUAAUUUUGACAAAAUUUACAUGCUUGGGUUUCACUCCUGGUAAGGGACAAGUUAGCUUCCAUCGGAUCAGCUUCUCACAGAUAGUAGCUAUAAACUCUAGAGAAAACACAAAAAUGAACAACUACGGGAAGUCACUGGGGAAUGAUCAAAAGUUAGCAGAAACUGGCAAGUAAACCACCAGUGGUAAAAGGGAAUGGCGGGAGUGAUUUUCUCAUUUUCGUCGCUUCUAGCCUGAGGCCAGCCCUUGUCUGCACCACACAUGGAAGCAAAAAUAAUACAUAAAAAUAAAAAAAAAAAAAUAAAUCUUCACUGGGAAGUGAAAGAGGAAACAGGAAAAGGAGAGUACCAGGGAUUAGAGGCACAAAUUACCUGCAUUUACUCUGCCUGUCAGGCUGACCACAAAUGCUGAAGACACAGUCUUAGCAGGCAACAUAAAAAUAGAAUAACUGAACUAAGAUUUGGCCUGCUACUUAAGACCAUAAUUGCAAUUUGAGAAAAACCCAAUAAAAGAAAAUCUGGACACAUUUGACUGCAUAAAACUUUAAGAGGAGAGUAAUUGAAUAGGGAAAAAACACUAAAACAAAGUCAAGAGACAAAUGGAAAAUGGAAGAAUAUAUACCACUGUAUAACUGAUAAAGGACUGAUACCUUAAUAAUAGGAAACUCAUAAUUAUGAGACAAAAAGUCACAAAAGGCUCAUGACAAUGGAUUAAAAAAACAAAGACAAUCUACCAAAAACAUAUGUAAAACCUCUUUGAGCAUAUAGAAAGAUGUUUAGCCUCUCUGAUAAUCAAAAGAUGCACAUAAAAGCCAUCAUAUUAUCAGAAUGGCAAAAAUUAAGAUGCAUAAUAAUACACUCUGCUAACAAGAGUAUAUAAUAUACUCUGCUUGCAAGAGUAUGUAGAAACAAUAGCUUUCUUACAUAUCUAGUAGGAAUGCAAACUGGUAAAAUCCUUAAUGAGGGAAUUUGGAAAUAUUUCAAAAACAAAAAAAAACAAAACACACAAAAAAACUAGAUAUAUGUUAACCUUUUCAUCUACAGUCCAAAUUCUAGGAAUUUACUCUGAAGAUCCAACUCAUUCAGUACAACAGUAUAUAUAUAUUUUAUAAACAUUUCAUACAUUGAUGUUUUAUUUAAUAUCAAAUAUUUCCUAAAUAUUUUCUAUAUUAUUUAAAAAUAAAAUCGAACAAAUAGCUAUGCAUAAAUUUGAGGACAGACUUAAGUGAAGGACAAUAGCCCUCAAAAAUAAACUUCUAGUUGUGAUUCUGUCUUCUCUUUAUAACAUGAGUAGCAUUUAUUUUUUUUCAGCAGAAUGAUCACACUAUGAAUUAUUUCCUAUUGAGAAAUUUCUUUUUCCUAAAACUUCAUUUGAACACCAUUGUUUCUACAUACUUCUCUUUGUUUUCAUGCAACUCUUCUUUAGAGGCAAUGUGGACUUUAGAUCUCUGGGAAAGGGCAUACUGGAGGAUUUCACUGGCCUUUGUGACAGAUAAGUGUUGUCAGAAUAUUUGGUGGCUGUGUGUCAGGGACUUGGGCCUCUCUGUUACGCAAUUGUGUCACUCUGAGGCUCUCUACUUGAGGGAAUAUUUGUUUCCAUUUUUAAUCAACCUGGAACAAGGUGAAUCCUGCCUCUCAAAGGGUUGUAGAAAAUACUUCCCAGGUCUGUUGAGCCAUGGAGUGCCUCUGAAGAUGUCUGCACAUUCCUUAAGCAGCUGGCUCUGAGGAAGGUCUCAGCUUUAAGACACUGAGGCUGGUUUCCCUUUCUUUUCCCACAAACCUUCAGUAUAGUCUUAAAGUUCUGUCCAGGGUACCAUUGUGCUUUGAGGAACGAAGGGGGACCUGCCCGUGUUCCAGGUGGAGUAGUCGUGUGCUCUGCCUGAAGAUGAAGCAGGGGCAUCUCAGUGGUCAGCAUGUGACAGUGUCCCUAGCACAGCAGCAAUCCCUAAAGUGGUCAGCAGCGGAUGCAGCACUGAGGCAGUCAGGUGAAGACGCAGGCUAGGAAGGGGGUGAGGGAUGAGUAAGGAGAACAUAUGAAACCACCAUCAGGAAUUUGAGGAAUUUACUGGAACUAAUUUAGGGCACUUUGGCCACCAUAUCCAAAUAAAGCCAAUAAUAUGGAUAUUAAAAUGGAGUGCAAUAUUACUGUCAUUUUCAUUUUAGAAAUGUGGAAAUGGAGGCAUCAGGCACAUUACUUAGAGUUGCCUACUACAUACUCCAAAUUUCUUUAAAACCUCAUUGUAAGAUGAAGUAAAUGUCAUACACUAUACCAUAAUAUAGACAGCUGCAUUUUAAUAGUAAGCUAUUAUGAUUAAUAUGAACAUGGUCAUAAAACAAUUUCUCCUCAAACAUUUUUAGUUAAACUUGAGAAGCUGAAAAAUGAAGGCUGCUUCUUGUGUGGCUUUCUAUGCUGCCUGCUUCCCUUUCAAACAUAGACUCAAACUGCUGCCUACCUACUUGGAAAGUGUUUAGUGUAGUUUUGUUUUGUUUCUUCAAAGAAAAGGGAAGGCGAAAGGAAAAGAGAAAAAGGAAAGAAAUCCAGAGAAAAGAAUGGGGGGACUUAGCUUCUCAGGGGUAAAGACAGACAGGCUUCAAUCCCAACAUCAGGGAGAGUAGGGGAAACCAACUUGGCCCAGAGCUGUCACUCUCACUCUCCUCUUGCUUGAACAACUGCCAAUACCCAGAGUCAGCCUGUCCUGUUGCCCAGUGAGCUUCAUGCUUGCAGAGAAAUACCCACAUCUGUGCCAAAAACCUUUUGCCCAGCUCUGACACUUCCGCUUUGAAUCCCAUGGCUCUUCUUGAUUGUACCACUGAAGGUCCAGGACACAAAAAGCCCUCAGGUCAUUUGAUUUAGGAUUUGAACAUUGGAGAGAUGAUCAUGAUCAGUAGAAAAAUUCUUUAUACUUGAUAAAGGCAGAAAUAAAAAUCCAGUUUGAAAUUGACUUUUGAGCCUGAAGAAUAAUGGGAAACUUCACCCAUGUUAACUAGUCUUUUGCAAACAAAGUGUCUUUCUGUGUUAGAAUUUUCAAGAGCCUAAUUCUGCUAAUCAUAAUGUAUUUGCACAUGCAAUUAAAAUUUCCAAAUUUUUCUUUUAAAGGAACUACUCCGAAAAGCUUUUCUUUUCUUUGAAAGUAUACCACUGAGUUUUGUAAAGUACCAGACUUUUGCUUGAGUUCCAUAAAAUGUUGCCUGAGCUUCUACACAGCAUGACAGAUUUUCCCUGGAUUUUGUGUCUAUUGAGUUAGUUAUCACUCCUAGCUUACUGCCAUCUACAAAUCUUAAAAAACAUGCCCUUUAUCUCUCUUCCUCCUGGUUAUUAAUUAAAAUUUUAACAAGACAGGGCUAAGAGCCAACCCACUAUAGGGCUUUAUUAAAGACUACUGUACUUUGCAGUUUGAUGUUUAUUAACAUUCUUUGGGCACCUAACUACAAUAUAACUCAAUUUUCUGUGAAAAACUAUUAAUAAUCCUAUUUUUUCCUUGUCUUUAAUAUGAGAUAAAUUUUAUAGCACUGUUUCUCAAACCAUCUGUUGUGAGGGGCAGUUUUGCUUUUUAAUUUCCAAUUGUCAGAGAGCUAUGCUUUUGUAAAAUACAAUUAAAAACAAACUUAAAAAUAAAAUUAUUAGAAAAAUGAAAUAAAAGAAAUGAAAUAAGAAUAAUUUUAUUAUUAGAUUUAAUAGAUCAAAUAUUAUUUCAAUACUCACAUCAAAUGUGCAAUAAGACAGGGUUGCAAAAAAUGCAAGCUUUUUUAUUAAAAUCAUUUAUAUAGGUAAUUUAUAUAAAAAUAAUAUUACAGUUGCAACUUUCUGUUGUUUCUCAACUAUGACCAAACAGAGGUUACAAGUGAAGUAGCAAUCCCAAGACUAAACUGCUAUAUGUGCAUUUUGAAUCAAUCAUGUGUAUGUCAGUGAAGGUUUUAAUGUGAUAAAUUUGCAUUUUGGUUGUUAAUUUAUAUAAUUUAAGUUGGAUAAAUGACAAUGCCAGUCAUAGGGGAUAAUGUUGAUCCUAAAUGUUAGUGUGUUGAUUUCAUAACACUCAAUGGAGAAGCCAGUCUCAGAGAGGCAUGGUGCUAGACUGGAAGAAAAUAAUUUGAAAUAAUUACAGUAAGCUGAUGGAAUUCACUUUUAUCUAUUUUUAUAAAGCAAGUGAUUUUGUGUUUUUAAAAUUUAUCUUCAAUUCUCCAUCAGUAGCUACUUUUAAUCAUUAACCUUAUAAAUAUUUCAAUUACAUUUUAAUAGAAAGAAUGGAUUUCAUGUUUCUUCUGGUGUGGAUCUUUGAUAAUAAAAUAAAAUUCAAAAUAUUCUGUUAAAUUUGGAGGUGUCUGGUGAUAAUUUUUCACAGAUGUAUAAUAUCAAGAUCCCAUUGAAGUGUGUGUGUGUGUGUGUGUGUGUGUGUGU